CCUGGAGGCCGGGGCAUAGGAUGUGGGCCCCGGGUGGUCCUCCGGGGCCUGCGGGCUGGGACCGCCGCAGGGUGGGAGCCCGGCUGCGCGCGGCACUCGCUGGGCUGCACGAGCUGCAGGGGCUGCGCGCCAGACAGCAGGCGCGCGUGCGGGGCGCCCUGGCCAUGCAGCCCCGGUCGGCGCCCGCCGCCCCCCGCGGCCCUCGUGCCCACGAGCAGCGGCUGGAGGCGGCGCUGGCGGCGCUGCAGGAGCAACUGAACCGGCUAAGACGCCAGGACGUUGGCCUGAAAACCCACUUGGACCAGCUGGACCAGCAGAUCAGUGAGCUGCAGCUGGACGUGAGAAGAACCUCCAUCGAGGCCCCAGACAGCGACAGCCGGCCCAGCUCAGGCUUCUACGAGCUGAGUGAUGGUGGUUCCUGCUCCUUGUCUGCUUCCUGCACAUCAGUGUGCAGUGACCGCCUGUCCUCCUCCCUGGGCACUUUGCUGCCCGCCACCCUCAUGGCCCGGACCAGCGCAGGGGACUGCCGGCCCUGGUCAGCUGACGAGACCACCAUGUGUGGGGCCCCUGUGCCCACGUGGGGACCCCAGGCCACUGAAGAGGGUGCAGUCCAGCCGCUACAGGACACAUCCCGACCCCGGCCAGUGUCUACAGGUGACCUUGAACGAGUCCUACCGGCUGAGGUGGGGCUCCAGAAGGCCAGUGCUGCCCCCAAGUCCACUUCCUUUCUCUGCCAUGGGAUGGACCUCCCACCCAACGUGCUGGACCCCAAGUACCAGCGUGACCUGGUGUCCAAGGGAGGCAGGGAGGUGUACCCAUACCCCAGCCCCCUACAUGCGGUGGCUUUGCAGAGCCCGCUCUUUGCUCUGACCAAGGAGACGCUGCAGCGUGACGGCCCCUCGCCCCCUAGGGAGUCCCUUCCCAGCCCCUCAGGUCCCAGCUCAAUCCGGACUGGACCCGUCCUUGAGGCUGGCCCAGCUGCAGCCUAUAUCGACAGGCUGUUACGACUGCGGGGCCAAGGGAACCCCACAAGGGGCAAUGUGAGUGAGCAGGGACCCCCAAGAUGUGAGGUGUCCCCAUCCCAGAGAGCGGAGAGUGAAGGCCACCCAAAGAAGCUAACGUACACCCCAGGAGGAGCACAUGUGGGAGGGGUGGCUCAGAGGAGGGACGCCAGUGAGGACGGCCUCGAGCAGCAGGGACCUGUGCCCCUUGUGGGCAACUUGCACCCCAGCUGCCUUCCCGAGGAGGGCCACAAACCCUCCAGUAGCUGUGUCUGUGUGGGGACCACGCUGGGCUCCCCUCAGCUGGGGUGUAGGCCUCCAUCUCCUGGCUCUCAGGCUCAGCAGCCAGCUCCUGACUGGUGGGAAGGCAAAGCCAGGUCCCCCCCCAGGACUGCCGUCAGGGAGAGCCCCGCCCUGGCCCCAGGGCAGUGUGUGCACCCCCACUGUGUUGGCAGCAGAGCUUCCCCCAUGGGGCUGAAAACUGGCCACCCCAUGACAAAGGCUCUAAAGAUCGGGAGGGGGACCAGCGACAAGGCACUAAGGGCAGGGAGGCAGCCACCACCCUGGGGCGCCCUUGUAGGCCCCCAGCUGCCCCCUGAGUGGGGGGCUGGGCUCCAGAGGAGGCCCACCCUGGUGGGGGAGGCGCCCGGCCGGUCCUGCUCUGAGUCCAGCCUCUACCCUGUGUCCCUCCUCAUCCCCCUGCUGGUGGCCCACCAAGAGGGCCACCGGGCUUCGGCCCAGGCCUUGUUUCCCUUGGAAGCAGUGCCACCCAUGGCGGCCGGUGGGGAGACCCGGAGGAAACAGCGCAGGUGGCAGUCCUCCGUGGAGAUCUCAGCCAGGGCCCGCCUGGCCAGUGCCCAGGGCCCUAGCCUGGGGCCCCCACGGCCCGCAGCAAGGAGAGGGGGUGGCCCGCGGCCUGUGUGCCCCCGGGCCAGGCCCAGGCUGCCCCGCCAGGACGCCCAGGCCAGGAGCGAGUCUGGCGGCUCGGAGCACUCAGCCGAGUGUGCCUCCCUGUUCCACUCCACCAUCGCGGAGACCAGCGAGGACGAGGGCCAGGCCAGCGACCACACCGCCAGCCGCUUCGGGGAUGGGGAGUCCAGUGGCAGUGACGUGGAGGGCGGUGCCCAGGCCAGUGGGAGCCGCCUGGCCUGGCCUCGGGCAGCCCCCCAGCAGCCCCCGCGGGCUGCAGCCGGCUCCAGGCCGCCCCUGCCCCCGGUGCCCAAACUCUGCCGCAUCAAGGCCUCCAGGGCCCUAAAGAAGAAGAUCCGCAGGUUCCAGCCGGCCGCUCUGAAGGUCAUGACCAUGGUGUGAGCCGGCCAAGAGCUGCUGGCCCAGGCAGAGUGGCCAGUGUCCCAGAACAAGCCAUCUGAGGACCCGGGCAUGACAGGCAUGUGGCAGGCACGAAGGGGCCUUCCCAGGGCUGCGGAAUCGAGCUUCAAAGGCCCGUUUAACAUGCGGACAUGGGUUUGCGUGUCAUGUUGCCAUUUGCUUGCCAGAGGGGGUGAUGGAGCAGGUGCCCUGAGCUGGGCCCCGCAGUGACUCGGGGGCACAUUCCCCCACCCCAUGGAGACGUUCCAGGAGACCCUUGCAGUGUCAGGUCUCACGC